UUGUCUAUAACUGCGCAUGCGUGAUGGCUUGUUUACGCCCUCCUUAUAUCCAUCCAAGUUUUUCUGUGAAAGAUGGCUGAAUUGUCUGAAGUGGAUCUGGAUGCUCUGGUGGUCCAGGUGGAGGGACUGGGCCUGGAGGAAAACAAAGUGGGUUCUGGGGCCUAUGGAAUAGUCUUCAAAGUCACAGUGAACGGGAAAAAGUGUAUUGCAAAAAAGCUUCACAAUAUCUUGCUCCAAGCUGACAACUACUACCCUCAUGCCCCCACUCAGCAGAGGGAGUUCAUUGUGAGAAAAUUUCGCAACGAGUGUUGCAUUUUGAAGAGCUUGGAUGAUCCCAACGUGGUCAGCUUUGAGGGAGUUCAUUAUGGCCAUGACAAGAACGACAUCAGUCUGAUAAUGGAGAGGCUUCAUUCUGAUUUGGCCGACUUUGUCAAGAAGAAUCCCGAGGCAAACCUUGCCACUAGAAUCCACAUCCUGUACGAUGUAUCUAAGGGCCUUCGCUACCUUCACUCUCUGACCCCUCCCCUCAUCCAUCGAGACCUCACUGCUCCCAAUAUUCUGCUCACUGAGGACCUCACUGCCAAGAUCGGAGACCUGGGCGUGUCCAGGUACGUAGACCCAACAGUGCCAACCAUCUUGUCCACUAAUCCGGGACACCUCAUCUACAUGUCUCCGGAAAGCCAAGUGGAGAAUCCCAUUUACACCACCAAGCUGGACAUCUUCUCUUUCGGGAAUCUCAUCAUCCACACUGUCAUCGGAGACUUGCCCAAGGUGUACACAAUUUUAUCCACUGAUCCAAACAAGACACAAUACGAACGUGAGGGGAAGAUGGAGCUGAUGAGACGAAACACAUCCGUCCAUGUUCAAAUGGGGGAGAACCACGCCCUUUAUCCUCUCGCUGUUUGUUGCCUCCACGACCGACCCGAGCAGAGACCAGCAGUUGAGGAAGUGAGCAGCUCACUCAGAGAGCUGUGUCACAGGCACCCCAGAAUGUCACUCCUGGAAGCGUGCAAGGCUGGUAAUGUGGGUGUGGUUCAGGAGCUACUGGACGGUGGGGCUGAUCCCAACCAGGCUGAUGAGAAUAACACAACUGUUGUUUGCUGGGCCAGUAACAAUGGACAUGAUGAGGUGGUGAGGGUCCUUAUUCGAGCUGGAGCUAAUGUCAACACUCUAGACAAGUGGAGACAGUCUCCUCUCUGGUUAGCCAGUUUAUAUGGUCACCAGAAGUGUGUGCAGCUCUUGCUUGAAGCUGGGGCCAUUGUUGAUGUACAAAAUAAGGGUGGAUUUACUGCGCUGAUGGUAGCUGCUCAGAAUGGCCACUGUGAAGUUGUUAGAAUGUUGUUGGAGGCCAAAGCUGACGUCAACAUAAAGACUAAUGACAACGCAACAGCUCUCCACCUUGCCAGUAAGAAUGGACAUGAUGAGGUAGUAAGGGUCCUCUUAACAGCCAAGGCUACAGUCAACACUCAAAACAAGUGGGGAGAGUCUCCUCUCUACUCAGCCAGUAUCAAUGGUCACCAGAAGUGUGUGCAGCUCUUACUUGAAGCUAAGGCCAUUGUUGAUGUACAAAAAGAGGAUGGAUGCACUGCGCUGAUGGUAGCUGCUCUGAAUGGCCACUGUGAAGUUGUUAGAAUGUUGUUGGAGGCCAAAGCUGACGUCAACAUAAAGACUAAUGACAACCAGACAGCUCUCCAUCGUGCCAGUUACCAAGGACAUGAUGAGGUGGUGAGGGUCCUCUUAGCAGCCAAGGCUACAGUCAACACUCAGAGCAAGACUGGAGAGUCUCCUCUCUACUUAGCCAGUUUUGAUGGUCACCAGAAGUGUGUGCAGCUCUUACUUGAAGCUGGGGCCAUUGUUGAUGUACAAAAAGAUGAUGGAGGCACUGCGUUGAUGGUAGCUGCUCAGAAUGGCCACUGUGAAGUUGUUAGAAUGUUGUUGGAGGCCAAAGCUGACGUCAACAUAAAGGCUAAUGAUGGAGGCACUGCGUUGAUGGUAGCUGCUCAGAAUGGCCACUGUGAAGUUGUUAGAAUGUUGUUGGAGGCCAAAGCUGACGUCAACAUAAAGGCUAAUGAAAACUCAACAGCUCUCUCUCGUGCCAGUGACAAUGGACAUGAAGAGGUGGUGAGGGUCCUCUUAGCAGCCAAGGCUGCAAUCAACACUCAGAACAAGACUGGAGAGUCCCCUCUCUACUUAGCCAGUGUCAAUGGUCACCAGAAGUGUGUGCAGCUCUUACUUGAAGCUGGGGCCAUUGUUGAUGUACAAAAAGAUGAUGGAUUUACUGCGCUGAUAGUAGCUGCUCAGAAUGGCCACUGUGAAGUUGUUAGAAUGUUGUUGGAGGCCAAAGCUGACGUCAACAUAAAGGCUAAUAACAACUCAACAGCUCUCCACCUUGCCAGUAAGAAUGGACAUGAUGAGGUAGUAAGGGUCCUCUUAACAGCCAAGGCUACAGUCAACACUCAGCACAAGGCUGGAGGGUCUCCUCUCUACUCAGCCAGUGUCUAUGGUCACCAGAAGUGUGUGAAGCUCUUGCUUGAAGCUGGGGCCAUUGUUGAUGUACAAAAAGAGGAUGGAGGCACUGCGCUGAUAGUAGCUGCUCAGAAUGGCCACUGUGAAGUUGUUAGAAUGUUGUUGGAGGCCAAAGCUGACGUCAACAUAAAGGCUAAUGGUGGAGGCACUGCGUUGAUGGCAGCUGCUCAGAAUGGUCACUGUGAAGUUGUUAGAAUGUUGUUGGAGGCCAAAGCUGACGUCAACAUAAAGGCUAAUGAUGGAGCCUCUCCUCUCUUCACAGCCAGUUUCUCUGGUCACCAGAAGUGUGUGCAGCUCUUGCUUGAAGCUGGGGCCAUUGUUGAUGUACAAAAAGAGGAUGGAGCCUCCCCUCUCUACACAGCCAGUUUCUAUGGUCACCAGAAGUGUGUGCAGCUCUUGCUUGAAGCUGGGGCCAUUGUUGAUGUACAAAAUGAGGAUGGAUUUACUGCGCUGAUGGUAGCUGCUCAGAAUGGCCACUGUGAAGUUGUUAGAAUGUUGUUGGAGGCCAAAGCUGACGUCAACAUAAAGGCUAAUGAUGGAUUUACUGCGCUGAUGGUAGCUGCUCAGAAUGGCCACUGUGAAGUUGUUAGAAUGUUGUUGGAGGCCAAAGCUGACGUCAACAUAAAGACUAAUACUGGAGAGUCUCCUCUCUACUUAGCCAGUUUUGAUGGUCACCAGAAGUGUGUGCAGCUCUUACUUGAAGCUGGGGCCAUUGUUGAUGUACAACAAGAUGAUGGAUAUACUGCGCUGAUAGUAGCUGCUCAGAAUGGCCACUGUGAAGUUGUUAGAAUGUUGUUGGAGGCCAAAGCUGACGUCAACAUAAAGACUAAUAAUGGAGUCUCCCCUCUCUACACAGCCAGUUUCUAUGGUCACCAGAAGUGUGUGCAGCUCUUGCUUGAAGCUGGGGCCAUUGUUGAUGUACAAAAAGAGGAUGGAGGCACUGCGCUGAUGGCAGCUGCUCAGAAUGGCCACUGUGAAGUUGUUAGAAUGUUGUUGGAGGCCAAAGCUGACGUCAACAUAAAGACUAAUGAUAACGCAACAGCUCUCCACCUUGCCAGUAAGGAUGGACAUGAUGAGGUAGUAAGGGUCCUCUUAACAGCCAAGGCUACAGUCAACACUCAGAACAAGAGUGGAGAGUCUCCUCUCUACGCAGCCAGUUUCUCUGGUCACCAGAAGUGUGUGCAGCUCUUACUUGAAGCUGGGGCCAUUGUUGAUGUACAAAAAAAUGAUGGAUGUACUGCGCUGAUGGUAGCUGCUCAAAAUGGCCACUGUGAAGUUGUUAGAAUGUUGUUGGAGGCCAAAGCUGACGUCAACAUAAAGACUAAUGACAACCAGACAGCUCUCCAUUGUGCCAGUAGUGGACAUGAUGAGGUGGUGAGGGUCCUCUUAGCAGCCAAGGCUACAGUCAACACUCAGACCAAGGGUGGAGAGUCUUCUCUCUUCACAGCCAGUUUCAAUGGUCACCAGAAGUGUGUGCAGCUCUUGCUUGAAGCUGGGGCCAUUGUUGAUGUACAAAAAGAGGAUGGAGCCACUGCGUUGUUAGUGGCUGCUCAAAAUGGUCACUGUGAAGUUAUUAGAAUGUUGUUGGAGGCCAAAGCUGACGUCAACAGCAAGAGAAAUGACAACCAGACAGCUCUCCAUCGUGCCAGUAACAAUGGACAUGAUGAGGUGGUGAGGGUCCUCUUAGCAGCCAAGGCUACAAUCAACACUCAGAACAAGGUCGGUCAAUCUGCCUACGAUCUGGCUCGUAAGAAUGGACACACUCAAGUCUGCGAAUUGUUACAGCCUAAACAGUGUAAUGUUAUGUAAUUAUACUUCUGUGUAAUUUUAUAUGUUUCUUCAUAAUUAUUUUGUAUAAGAGUUUACGUUGAUUAC